GACAACCGCGUAGAAUUGGCUCGCGAAAAAUGGCCGAAGAGAAAUUAACUCGGAACAAAAAUAACACAAUGACAUCUUAAUUACUCGCAUCGUCACAGCAAUAAGCGCAAAAUAAUGUCCUUGCUUAGGGCUCUAGAUGAGAGUGAGAAGAGCAGUGGCCUUGGCUGGUGUACAUCCAGUCAGUAUGACCUGGAGGGGGGAGUCCCUGGGCAAGGGGAGACCAACAAUAUCUACCGUCAUCUCAUCAACCAGAACAACACGGGAGAUGUGCCCGAGGCACUAUUGGAAGAGGAGGUGGUGAACGAUCCAGGCCCUGUUGCUAAGCAACAACACAACCAUAGCAACCACCAACACCAACAGAUGAAUCAGUAUACUGGUCAAAAUCAGCAGCCCGGACCAGCCAACAAUCUGCAGCAACAGCAGCAGCAAGUGUUGACUCAGCCCUUUCAGCAGCAACAGAUGAAAAUGGUACAAGCCAGUCCGAAAGUUACGCAGCAUCUGCAAAGCAUACUGACGCAACAGAAACAUGGCCAGAAUGCUUUGUUUCGGCUGCCUCUACAGCAAAAUGCUGCUUGUUCUGGGCUUGUUCAGGUUGGGCAACAGAAGCAUAUGGUCUCGCAGCAACAAGGCAUGAUGGGACAGCAACAACAACGCGGGCAAGUGGUGACGCUGCCGUCUCAUAUGAGUCAGAGUAUGCAGCAGUUUGUGACGGAGAAAGCUAACCACGCACAGGAUAUGCCUAAUGAACAUGAGCUUGAUUUGCAGCUUAUGGAGCAACAAAAGUUAAUUGCAGUUAACAAUGAGAAGCUGAGACAGAUGGGACAUUUACCCAUUGAUCAAAAUAACUCUUGUCAGACUGGAUAUAAUAAUGGUGGUAAAUUUGUUGUAAACAAUCAGUCUAAUGUCUCGGUUCAGUUCCAAAAUAGUGUUCAGACUCAGUUUCAGAAUUGCCGUCCAGGGAUGGCAAGUUCUCCUGCGCAUAAUAACAAUGGUGGUUAUAAUAGGUUGCAGAAUUCUCAACGUCCACAGCAAAAGCUUGUUUCAAUGCCCCAUCAAAGGCCAAAUAUAUUAAGGCAAAGUGCUCUGAAUAGCCGCAUAGUGCAACAACAACAACAGGAACAACAAUUCCAAUGCCCUCAAGCAACGGGCUUAAACCAGCCCACAAGACCUACCUCAAUUUUAGCUAAAAUGCCAAGUUCCAUACAGGUGUCCUCAAUCUUGACCAAUCAGAAUCAGAGCUUGUUGACUAGUCCAAUAAACAGUCCCCGGAUUGAUAAGUCGAAUGUAGUGCUGGAGGGAGGGGGUCAGUUUGAGGAAGGCCAGGCCUACAUGAUACGAGAUAAGCAGGGCAACUCCAGGAAGAUGGUGUGGAAGAACGGGACUUUUGUUGACUUGGAGCACGAAUUUUCAAUUCAGAACCCAAACAUUGAUUCUAGUCAGAAAAAGAAAGGUGGUCGAUCCAAUCGCGGUGGUAAGGCGGCAGGGGGUAGGGGUCGAGGGACGGUCCCCACCCAGGCUCCAGGGGCUGCUCUAGGGCCCCCUGUUGUACCAAAUAUACAGGUGCAGGCCCCAGCCCCUCUGACCUCCACUCAGAGUCAAGGGAUUCGUUAUGUGCGGCCGCAGGGUUUUCGCCCAGAGAUUCGUCAGCAGAUGCAGCAGGCUUUCCCAUCCAUUCAGACACCACAUCAGACACCACAACAGAUCGUGGUGAUGACGCCCCAGGCCUUGCGAAACCUGAUGCCUGCUCAAGUCACGACUCAGAAGCCUGCCGCGUCAUUGGAUACACAGACAGGGGUGCCUCAGCCGUCUCCGGAGACAGUCAGCAGUAGUGCUGCCAGUACCGACCAGAAGGAGACAGUCAAUGACCCUCCAAACAUACCUGAUGACCCAACGGCCCAAGCUAUAUGUCAGUUUUGUGGAUUACUGAGUUCAAAUAAACUGCAGUGUGAACGUUGUAAGCGUAAAUUCACCAGUGCUACACGGUAUGUGUCAAACAAUGAUCCAGAAGCAAAGCGUCGAAAAGUUGAAUCCACGGAAGUGACGAUGCCCGACUCCGGUGGUGUAUGUUUGGAUAAGAAGAUGUUCUAUACUCAGAAAAUAAACGAACAAAAUACAGUUUACUUGCAAGUGUUCAACACUCAGAACAAUAUAAAUGCAGCAGCUGCGGGACGGGGUGUGCGUGUAAUACGAACCAUAGCUGGUGGAAAAAAGGGGCGUGGGAGAGGAAUGAGGGGGCGUGGUGGUCCAAUGUCAACAGAAACUGUGACAAUAUCAUCCGACGAGGAAGAGCAGGUGGGUGGAGACGAUGGGUCAAUCACUCCCAGCAAGCUCCGCCCUAGCUCCGCCCCUGCCACACCACUGACCAAUCAGAACCCUUCUCCUAGUCAGGCAGACUGCCCAGAGUCUCCACUCAUACCCAAUAUUCCAAUCUCCUCCCGCGUGGAGAUGAAAGUCGGCCGCGUGGGGAAAAUGGAGGACAAGGAUGGAACUUCACGGCAGGCCCGUGCUAAAUCCUUGUCGCCCACUGAGCUUGCGUUGUCGGCCAACAAAGUGCGAGUAGGCACAUUUCAGGGCAUUCCUAUUGAGCCAAUUCUCAUCUCUAAAGGUGGCCUCAGCUUCUUUGUUGAAGGUCUCAAAAGUACCAACAGAUUUACUAUAUAUCCUGCGGAGAUCCAGCAAUGCCUGGCAAAUUUUGCGGAAAACAAUAGUCUUGUUUUCCUGCUGACCUCUGUCGAGUGCGGGGUUAGAGUCCGACAAAACCUUGGCAUGCCCAACUGGACCAAUCUCAACAUAUGCCCGCCGGAUCCAUACUUCGAACCAACAAGCAAAGAUAUGUGCCAUCAGAUGGUUACCAUAGUGAUGGGCAAGGUAGACACGGAGACGCACGCAGAGUUCCGCAAGUACAUGGAGCUGUUCAAGUCGAAGGGCAAGCAUGGAGACGAGAGUUUCUACAUGGAGCUGUCGCGGGAGGAGGCAGAUGACGUCUUCUCACAGACGGUCACGGUUCAUCGCAUGCCCCCCAUGAUCAGGCAUGCAGCGAUUGUCAACCAGAAAUACAGCCAGGGGGAAGAAAACAACAGGUCCCCAUCACCUCCCAAGAUUGGCUUUGAAGGCCCAGUAGUCAAAUUGCUGACCUACCCGCCCCCACCAGAGAAGGGUGGAAUCACGAUCACCAAUGAGGACCUGUACUGUCUGCAUGAGGGGGAGUUCCUCAAUGACGUCAUUGUGGACUUCUAUCUCAAGUACCUGCUGCUAGAGAAGUUGAGUCCAGCAGACAAGGCCCGUACUCACAUAUUCAGCUCGUUCUUUUACAAGCGUCUCACCCAGAGAAUCAGGGGCACAGCCAUUGAUGAUGAUCCAAACCUGUCACUGCCUGUAAAGCGCCAUGCGAGAGUUAAGACUUGGACGCGACAUGUAGAUCUGUUCAAGAAAGAUUUCAUCGUCAUUCCGAUCAAUGAACAUGCCCACUGGUUCCUGGCCAUCGUGUGUUUCCCAUGCCUGGAGGGCCCAGUGGAUCACAGGUACGUGCCCAGCCCUUCCUCACAGCCCGCUCUGGACCUGCCAAACGUGCCGACGCCGCCACAGCCGACAGACGAGAACACAGAGGAUAUAGAGACAGACCAGGCAGAGGAAAUGGAAUAUGCCCAGGCAGAGAACCCUCUACCAGAUACAACCCAGUCAGAAGGGGAAAACACCGUCUCAUCAUCAGUUACUACCAAUCAGGAGCCAGAUCUGACACUAAAGGAUAAUCAGCCAAUGGAAAUAAAUUCAGACAAUAGUUUUCCAAACCAGUCCACCUCAAGUAAUGAAAAUCCAAGUGAAAUCAGUCCAGAAAGUAAAGGCGAAGUUACAAAUCGUGAUAACCAUUCUAAUGAGCCAAAUGAAGAAAACGAAAUUCCAGGAAGUGAGAAUAAGGAUUCCCAAGAAAUGGGAAGUGAAGACAAGCAAACGAAACCUAAAUGCCCAUUGAAGCCAUUAAAGAAUAUACGAGGACACCCAUUACAGGAAGAUGGAAAUGCUGAAGAAGCUUUGAGCGGCAUUAAACAGCCGUGCAUCCUCAUAUUUGACUCCCUGGCUGGCCCUACACGCUCCAGGAUUGUUCAGGUCCUCAAAGAGUACCUCAUGAUUGAAUGGCAGGUGAAGAAGGGAGGAGAUCUCAACAAAGCCAUCAUUAAAGGUUGUUUACCAAAAGUGCCCCAACAGAACAAUUUCAGUGACUGUGGUGUGUUCAUGCUGCAGUAUGUGGAAAGCUUCUUUGAGGACCCUAUCCAGGACUUUGCGACGCCCAUGAAGGGGCUGCAGGACUGGUUCAGUGGGGCCAAAAUGGAGGGAAAGAGGGAGGAGUUGAAGGACCUCAUCAUGGAACUCAAGGUGAAAUACGAGGCUAAACCAGACGUGAAAGUGGAAGUGGAGAACUCCUAACGGGAAAGUGGAAGUGGAGAACUCCUAACGCUAUGGGAAUAUACAAAAUAUUGAUAUUGGAUGGUACAUUAAAGUAUGUACACUAAGUGUGCGGUGAUGCAAUUUAAAAGUUUUUGCUGAAGAACAUGUGUGUGUGUGCAAAUGCCACAAACUCUUUUGCGGGAGUAAAGCUGGUAAGUUAUUUUUUGGUGAGCAAUUAUGGGUUACAGAUGGACCUAUGAGUUGAUUUGUUUAGAUGCUUAGGAAUAAAUAAACAUUGUGGACAAUUUAUCUUCGUUAUUGCAAGAUUAUUGAAAUGUAUUAUUGGCUGUCAGAAGUGGAAAUGAGGUUUCAAAACUUAUUGGUGUAACAAUUGUGAGUAUUGAAUAUUUAUUUUUUGAAAGGGAUUUUGAAUGAUGAAUAAGUGCUAUAAAUACAGUCACAUAUGCUGUCUUUCAUGUUGUACUAGGUUAACAGAAAGAGUAGUGGAAAAAUGACUUCAUCAGAUGGUGAUAUCAUUCGUAUAAUGUUCAUUAUACUUGGAUGAGAGCUUUACCCAGUAUAUAAUGUUCAAACUUUGAUAGGUCGGUAUUGCCAAAAUUGCAUUUGACUGUUUUGAUGAGUUAUUUGUAUGUGUUAAACUUUAGUUAUGAAAUAUUAGUUAUUUUUUCUCAAUAAGUGGGAGACCUAUAUAUUUGAGCUGGACUUUGUACAUAAGAGCGGCGUUCUGUGAGAACAGGGCUUAUGGCAUGUGCAUAAAGUAUCUACACAGAUUAGCCCUUUGCAUGCUGGGAAAUUUGUCGUCGGCUAAAAUGUCGUCUGCUGAAUUUGUAAAAUAAGCAUUUUUUUCUCUUUUUUUCAAAGAAAACUAUCAGAAUAGCAAACAGUUUGGAUCCAGAUGGCGUCUCAUCUGGAUCCAAAUUGUUUGCAAAGGCCUUUAAAAUUCGGUUCCCGCACUGAAAGGGUUAGUAUGUGCAUUCUGUCCAGGAUAAUCAGGGACGACACUUUACGCACAUGCAUUAAGCCCAGUUUUCCCAGAACCAUGUUUAAAAGUGAUGAAUAGGGUGUGUUUGUUCAUAGAACUGUUAAUGAAAUGAUGGCCAAUGACAACAAAUGUUCUGUGAACAUUUGUCCGCUAAGAGAAUGAUUCUUACAAAUUAUUUUACCCCAAGUAUUUUGUUAUUGUAUUUUGUUGUUGAAAUAAAUUACAAAUCUGUGCUAGAUUUGUCCAAUAAUGUAUACACAUGCUUUGACCUCGGAGUGUUGAUUUUUUGUGUUGCCAUCAUAUUUGCUGUUUGACUUACAAACAUGCUUACCCAGUUCAAUAUGCGUUGAACACUGUUUACAGAAAAUGAAUGUUAAGCAACAAAGUCCAGACUUCCGACUUCUUAAAAAGGCAAUGUUUGUCAAAUCAUGUCACUUAAAGAAAUGUUACAUGGGUUAAAGUUUUCAGUAUUACCUGUAUAUAUAUAUAUAUGUUCUAUUACUGUCAGUAUUUGGUAAAACUCUGGUAAAAACUGUAAAGCCAAUAUUUUGAAAAUCUGGGGCGAGUUGCUUAAAACUAAAACAGUAUACAUGUAUACAAGUUCUCGUCAUUAACCAAUAUUUCAUUAUAUUGAAAAAAGGGCAAUUAAAAUUUAAAAGUUUGUUUUGCCUUAUAAUAAAUAAAUGAUUUUGUAUAAAGAAAUUGCUUUUAGUAUUUGCUUUAAUAAUUUAAAUCUGAUGUUUAUAUGUUGCAAGGGUUUAUGAAUUUCUAAAGGUUAGAGCAACGAUGGAAAUAGCGUUAUAUGGUCAUCAUGAUAUAAAUAAGAAUAAGAAUAUAAAAGGUAAAUCCAUUAUCUAAUAUUAGAAAUUGGCAUUAAUAUGACUGGUGUUAAUUAUUAACUUUUUGUUUUGGUAAAACAAUUGCAGCUUACGACUUGUAAGUCUGGAAGUAUUAGAUUUUCUUUGCUACAGUUUAAAGUUUUGGAGUUCUUGUAGAUUGUUACUGCAAUUCCUAACCUAAAAGGAACAAUUUUUUUAAGAGCAGACAAUAGCAAUUAGCCUAGUCUCAUAGUAAUUUUUUGGCAAGUUGAUAAAACACUUAUUUUGAGUUUAUUAUUUGUUAAAGUUAAAUUAUUUACUAACUUUGCGCACUUUUGAACAUGUUAAAAAAAUAUGCCAAUGUUAAUGGUAAACAUGUUGAAUUUGUGUUUUGGGGUAGUUUGAUUUUUUAUGUAGUUUAGUAUGCUUUCGUUUGUUAUAUUUGAUAAUACCUCAUUACAUACUGAUGAACAUUACACUAGAAAUUCACCACUGGUUAAUAACAGCACUCUUUUAAAAAAUAAAUUAAAAUUGUUUUUGUUUUAAAACUAUUAAUGUAUCCAUAUACGAUACUGUAUAUAUGAUGCAUACAACAUGUUCAUCAUUUGUUUGUACUAUUUUCUUUUUUCAAGGAAAAAUAUGAGCCUAGUUCAGGGAAAACUGGGCUUAAUGCAUGUUUGUAAAAAGUCGUCCCAGAUUAGCUUGUGCAGUCUGCUCAGGCCAAUCAGGGACGACACUUUGCUUUUACGGAAUUUUUCAUUUAAAGGUAGUGUCUUCUGAAGAAAUCCAGUUUAUGUUGUCUCUGAUUUGCCUGUGAAGACUUCUCUGUGAUUAGCCUGUGAAGACUGCACAGGCUAAUCUGGGACGACACUUUACGUACAUGCAUUUAGCCCAGUUUUCUCAGAAAGAGGCUCAUAUAACAACAUUCAAAAGGGGGAAGGGGUAUUCUCCAUCGCUAGUGCUUUAAGAUCUAGUUAACUAUGAUUUUCAAUGAAAAGGAAGAGUUUUGAUCUUCUAUUGUAUCUUAUUUUGUAUUUAUUUGUCAGUCAUGUUUAAAUUGGAUGUUUCAUUGAAAUGUCUAAUCAGUUAAAUGUCCUUGUGUCUUGAAGAAGAGACAGGAAAGCGUGAACUCUAAACUCAUGAUCACUAUUUUUGUAUGCUGUAUGUAUGAUUGUAUGCAUGUUAGGGCUGUUAGCAAACAGACUUUGAUGCAAGAAUGUAUUUGUUUUAUUCAUUUUUUUUUGUUAUUUUAAAGGGACCUUUUCACAGAUUUUUUUUUGUUUUGAAGUUUGUCAUUAAAUGCUUUAUAUUGAUAAAUAUAAACAUUGGAUAUAAAAAGCUUCAGUAAAAAGUCAGGAAUAAAAUUUUAAAAAAGAAAAAAAGGUAACCCUCAGCGGGACUCGAACCACUGACCCCUGGAGUCAUGGAGUAAAAAGCUUGCGCCUUAGACCACUCGACCAUCCUUCCGCAUAGAAAACUACGUGUAUUUUAUACUUUAUAUUAUGCAAUCCUCGUAGUUUCCCAAAACAUAACGACAACAACAGAACUCUCCAAAUUAUUAAUUCGUUUCGCGUUGCAGCGCUUUAUAAUUUUCGGGUUUUUAAAAUGUCAAAAGAUGCAUAUAAUGGCUAUUUUAUAGCAUGGCAAAUGUUCAGUAUUAUUGUUUCCUCACAAAUAUCAUAACUAAAACGAAAAUUUGCGAAUCUGAAACAAUUUUUUCAAUUUUGUCAAUUUACCCAAACGUGAAAAGGCCCCUUUAAAACAAUAUUGACACAUCAUAACUAUACCCCUGCCUAAUUAAUGAAAUACCUUAAGUGUAUAUACCAUUUUGUGUGUACAUAUGAUGCUAACACAUUUGGCCUAAAUCAAAAGAAUUUCUUGUUUCUUAAUUCUAACCUUUAUUAAGUAAUACAUGUAUUGCACAAAAUGGACAAUUCUAUUUCUUUAUUAUAGUAUGAUAGUAUGUGCACGGUUUGCAAAAAGGUGUUUCCAAACUGUCAUUAAAAUAGUGCUCAGUGUUAUGGCUUCAAGUUGUUAGAAAACUUAAUCUGUAUAUAAUUAUAUGAGCUGUGCUAUGUCAAAAGGGGUUUUAAUGCAUGUGCCUAAAGUGUCGUUUUCCGCUUUUAUGAUAUUAUCUGUUUAAAGAAUGUCUCUUCUUAGCAAAAAUCCAGUUUACGCCCAAAGUUUCAUCCCUGAUAAGCCUGUGCGGACUGCACAGGCUAAUCUGGGACGACAAUUAACACAUAUGCAUUGCAUUUAACCCCCUCUUCACAGAGCACGGCUCAUAUAAAAAUUGUAAGUUGGAUUUGAAAUUGUACAUUGCAUUUCAUAUGAAUGUCCAGUUACGUUAUUGUACAAAUGUACAGUGAUUAUUGGUGAAUAUUGAUGAUAAUAUUAAAAUGUUUAAAGGUU